AUGAAAAACGUGAUGGCCGCCGCGCGGGCCGGACACGCGGCCGCCGUUGCUGCGCUCAUGGCCGACGACGACGUCAAUCCAGCUGCCAACGAGUCGCAGGCGCUGCGCGAGGCCGUCAAGGCCGCGCAUUCGGACGUGGUCCAGCUCCUGCUCACCUGCGACGCCGUCGAUCCGGCCGCCCGCAACAACGCGGCUGUCGGCACAGCGUCGAUCAACGGCGACGCCGCCACGCUCCGGCUUCUCCUCGCCGACCCGCGCGUCGACCCGUCAGUCGGCGACAACUACGCCAUCUUUAUGGCUGCCCGCAAAGGCUUCACCCCUGUCGUCGAGCUUCUUCUUGCCGACCCGCGCGUCGAUCCGGCCGCAGGCGACAACGAAGCGCUGCGGACGGCAGCCAUGACCGGCCACCUCGACGUCGUCACACUCCUCAUGGCCGAUGCCCGUGUCAAUCCGGCGUCGCAGAACAACUUUGCCCUCCGCUGGGCCAUGCGUAACGAGCACGCAGACGUCGUCGCCGCCCUCCUUGCGAAUCCGCACGUUGCCGCCGCCCACGCCCACGCCCCGCCGCCGGCGGCACCACGCCGAUGACACCGGUGCAAACAGCAGACAGCCUGGCGUCUGUCAGCUCUCCGCUUCCGUUCCUCGCCGUUUGUCCGCGCACCACCAGCGCCCUCCACUCCCCGCCAGCUGGCUUGCC